AUAUUGUUCCUUGUGCUAGCAAGCGAACUAGCUACACGCGACUGCCUCGGUUUCUAGCAUUUUCUAACUGUAUUUAAAAAAAUCAUUUGGUCUGAGUAGUAAUACUUAGUCCUGCGAGACAUAUUACCCAGUCGCGCUUGUAAAACACGAAACUGGAAGCGAUGACAGGCUGUAAUGAGUACAAGCUAAACCAGGGGCCAGAAGACAGCAUCUCUGCUGUGAAGUUCAGCCCCAGUACUGCCCAGUUUCUCUUGGUUUCCUCAUGGGACUGCACUGUACGCCUCUACGAUGUGGGAGGAAACACAAUGAGGAUGAAGUACCAGCACACAGCUCCUGUUCUUGAUUGUGCUUUUUAUGACCCGACACAUUCUUGGAGUGGAGGUUUAGAUUCCCAGUUAAAGACUCAUGACUUGAACACAGAUCAAGAUACAAUAGUGGGAACACAUGAUGCUCCCAUUCGUUGUGUGGAAUAUUGCCCAGAGGUUAACGUCAUGGUAACGGGCAGCUGGGAUAGAUCAGUACGACUGUGGGACCCGCGGACGCCUUGCAACGCUGGCACCUUCACUCAGCCUGACAAGGUUUACACCCUCUCUGUGGCCGGAGACAGGCUGAUUGUUGGCACAGCAGGAAGACGGGUGUUGGUGUGGGAUUUGCGGAAUAUGGGUUACGUACAGCAGAGAAGAGAAUCCAGCCUCAAGUAUCAAACCCGUUGCAUCAGAGCCUUCCCCAACAAACAGGGCUAUGUGUUGAGUUCAAUCGAAGGCCGAGUAGCUGUGGAGUACUUGGAUCCGAGCCAGGAGGUUCAGAAGAAGAAAUAUGCCUUUAAGUGCCAUCGGCUAAAGGAGGAAGGAAUUGAACACGUCUACCCUGUCAAUGCCAUUUCUUUUCACAGUGUUCACAACACUUUUGCUACAGGUGGCUCUGACGGCUUUGUGAAUAUCUGGGAUCCAUUCAACAAAAAGCGCCUGUGUCAGUUCCACCGCUACCCAACUAGCAUUGCUUCCCUGGCUUUCAGCAACGACGGCACCAUGCUUGCCAUUGCCUCGUCCUACAUGCACGAGAAAGGAGACAUCAGCCACCCAGAGGACGCCAUCUUUAUCCGUCAGGUCACAGAUGCUGAGACGAAGCCCAAGUCAACUUAAACCUGAAGCGUACUGGACUCCUUCACCAUUUCUGUUGGCAUCCUGUGCUUUAUCACAACUGCUUGUGAUGUAUGUUUGCUAUAACCUGCUUGGUAAAUAUUUCUUUGUUUCUUGUAUUGUCUAGUAUUUUCUUCAGCGAAGCUGAUUUAAACUUAAAUACACCAUCUUGAGCUCAUUUUCCUACAUUUAAAGUUCAUAAUUUAACAUCAAGCUUUUUCUGUCCUUUACUCCUUGUUUUGUCACUGAUUCAUGGGUUAAGUUUAAGUAUGAAUGAAAAUAAAACCUUUUCAUAAACUUUGAGCAUGAAUUCAAUCCUUUCUUUACCUUUUGUCGCAUACCAGGAAGAGAACAUGAGAUGUGCUAGGAAUGUGUCAAAGCAGUAGUUUUACUUCUGAUGAUGUGUCGAGACAAAGUGGGGAUUCUGUGGUUAUGCUGGGGGCUACACUUGCCCAAGACAGUGACCUGUGCUGAUAAUCAUCACAGUUUUGUGAUCCAAGGAAAAUUCUUGUUUGUUAUUUGGCAAACUGGUAGAAAACCACUAAACUGACUCUCCUGGCAUGCUGGCAACUUGCCAACAUGGAAGAAUGUUAACUAAAUCAGAAAGCAUCCUGAGAUUAUUCUAAGACCUUUAUGACCUCAAUGAUGGUGUUCAAAUUUCUAAAUCCACUUAAAAGUUUUAAUGCGCAUCAUGUAUGAAUUUGUCCAAAUAUGUCUAGAUUUUACAGGUUCAUUGAUGUUUUGGAAAUGUUUUUUCUGCUUUCUGGAAAUGAUUGGUUUGGUAAAAUUAUUGAGCACAUUUCUGUGACUAUCUGAAAAAGGCCAGCCUUUGACAUCUGACUAUAGCUUGAUAUGAAGUGGCUUUCAUUUUAGACCGUAAUUACAGCCACUGAGGCAGAUGCAGGAUAGCGGGGAGUUUAUUGGGGUUAAAGUGAAUUAUUUCUUUUCCUGUCAUCUCUGGCUGCUGCUGAAUUGCGAAGUUGCAUUCGGGAGAACAUAUCAAACCUGUUGGAGCUUGUCUAUUUUGUGCUUGCUUUUGGAAAUAAAAGUAAUUUAGAUUUUA